AUGCCAUUCCACCAUGUAACAGCUGGCUUGUUGUACAAGGGCAACUAUCUGACCCGCUCACUCUCUGCUGGCAGCGACAGCGAACAGCUAGCGAAUAUCUCCGUGGAGGAACUGGAUGAAAUCCGUGAAGCUUUCCGAGUGCUGGACAGGGAUGGGAAUGGCUUUAUAUCCAAGCAGGAGCUGGGCAUGGCAAUGCGUUCCUUGGGAUACAUGCCCAGUGAGGUGGAGCUGGCAAUUAUCAUGCAACGCCUUGACAUGGAUGGGGAUGGCCAGGUUGAUUUUGAUGAAUUUAUGACUAUUCUGGGACCUAAGCUGGUAUCAUCAGAAGGUAGAGAUGGCUUUCUGGGAAAUACAAUAGACAGCAUAUUCUGGCAGUUUGACAUGCAGAGGAUAACACUGGAAGAGCUGAAACACAUCCUCUACCACGCCUUCCGGGACCACUUAACGAUGAAGGACAUCGAGAACAUCAUUAUCAAUGAAGAGGAGAGUUUAAAUGAAAACUCUGGCAACUGCCAAACAGAGUUUGAAGGUGAGAGAGAAAUGCACGCCCAGAAGCAGAACAGACAGACCUGCGUACGGAAGAGCCUUAUCUGCGCCUUCGCCAUGGCCUUUAUUAUAAGCGUGAUGUUGAUCGCGGCCAACCAGAUCCUGCGGAGUGGCAUGGAGUAG